CAUACCCUGGUACCUAGUGCAGCAACAGCAAAGGAAACUGGGAGAAAUUAACAACAAAUCUGACCCCUGGAGACAGAGGGUGGUCUGUCCCCGAAAGAAGGGGCCUAGACUGGAGGGGGCCCUUUCUUGAAGGAGACGCAGGCCAGGAAGAGAGGAAGAACGGAUUCUAAUCUCCAGGGGAUUAGACUGGGAGAGAACCUACCUCCCUUGCCAGGCUCUAGGGACCCCCACCCACUUAAAGAGGAUCUCCUUACCAGUUUCAGACUCUUCCCAUCUCUAAGGGCAAAGAUUUAUUUUGCAUUUUAGAAGACGUGGUCCAGCUCCCACUAAGAAUGCUGAGCAAUCAGUCCACGGUUUGCCUGUUCUCGGGGGUCUGUGCCACCCUGUUUGCGCUGGCCCUGGUGUAUUACUUGUAUUGGACGGUGGCUCUGAGUGAGGGUCCGUGUAAGCGGCACUGAGCGCAGGAAGCAGAAAUGGGGGUUUGGGGGUUCGUGAAGACUCAGUUUGUGGUUCAUCUUCUCAUUGGCUUUGUGUUCGUGCUUAGCGGCCUCAUCAUCAACUUCAUUCAGCUCUGCACUGUUCCCUUGUGGGGUAUAAACAAGCAGGCGUACCGCAGGCUCAACUGCCGGCUGGCAUACUCCCUCUGGAGCCAGCUGGUGAUGCUGUUGGAGUGGUGGUCUGGCACACAAUGCACGCUCUUCACGGACCAGCAGACGGUGGAUCACUUUGGGAAGGAGCACGUCAUCAUUAUCCUCAAUCACAAUUUUGAGAUUGACUUCUUGUGUGGCUGGACCAUGUGUGAACGUUUUGGAGUGCUCGGGAGUUCGAAGGUCCUUGCAAAGAAAGAGCUGCUGAUGGUGCCCCUCAUCGGUUGGACGUGGUAUUUUUUGGAAAUAGUUUUUUGCAAACGCAAGUGGGAAGAAGACAGAGACACCGUUAUGCAUGGCCUUCAAAACCUCAGGGACUACCCCGAGUAUAUGUGGUUCCUGCUGUACUGUGAAGGCACGCGUUUCACUGAGACAAAGCACAGAAUCAGUAUGGAGGUGGCAGAUAAGAAAGGACUAGCACGUCUCAAACACCAUCUACUGCCACGUACCCGAGGAUUUACUACAGCUGUGCAGUGUCUGAGGGGAACAGUCUCCGCUGUUUAUGAUGUGACCUUGAAUUUCCGUGGGAAUAAGAACCCAUCAUUGCUGGGAAUUUUAUAUGGGAAAAAAUAUGAGGCUGAUAUGUGUGUGAGACGUUUCCCUCUGGAGGAUAUUCCACUCGAUGAGAAAGAGGCGGCAAACUGGCUUCACAAACUCUACCAGGAAAAGGAUGCUUUGCAGGAACGAUACCUCCAGGAGGGCACCUUCCCGGGUCCCCAGAUUGUACCACGCCGCAGACCAUGGACUCUCAUAAACUUCUUAUUCUGGGCCACUCUUCUUCUGUCUCCAUUAUUCUCAUUUGCAGUUGGCAUUUUUGCCAGUGGCUCUCCAUUUCUCAUUCUCUCUUUUAUGGGCUUCAUGUGGACAGCCUCGUUUGCAGUGCGACGUCUCAUUGGGGUGACAGAGAUAGAAAGAGGCUCGAGUUAUGGGAAUCGAGAGGUGAAGAAAAUGGAUUAGAUGCUCCAGAUAUCUGAAAUUGUAGUGCGGUCUGGACUUGUCUUGGUUAUAUUUAUUACUAACAUGAACUGAGAGGGAGGAGCCUCCUGCAGAGCACCACCCCCAUGGAGCAGUACCAAGAGCCAAUAGGAAUCCGCCAUUUCAUGAGCGCAAUAAAACCUGCGUUCUGCUCAUCUCCUUCACUAGUGACUGUAUAUUUGCUACUUUGCCCCUACACACGUUUCACAGUCCAUAUCAUCCUGCUUUUUCUCUCGAACGAGCCCUUUGUUCUAAAUUUUACAUCCCUGUUUAUCUCCCAUUGCUGGCUGUAACCUCAAUUUAUUUUAAGGGGAACAAGAUGUCUCUGAUUCCCACUUGCUGGCUUUACCUGUACCCUGGGCAGGGCCCUUGCCAUCCAUAUGGGGUUAAUGUGCUUUAGCAAUUCAGUGGAACAUCUUCUACAUUGCGAUGUGCAGCUAAUUCACUUCAUGGUGCUGUCUGCAGAGCUUUGGUCAUUUCCACUGCUUGGAUUGUGUACUUGCUAGGUCUGCCCACUACUCUGCAACUGAUUAUCUCCGUCCUGGCAGGAAGUGCUGAUAGGGGCUCACCUAUAGACCACCACUAAUAAGCUAAUACCUUAAAAAAAAAAAUCAAUCCUUCCUAUCCUGGGAAUAACAACCCUAUGUCAGAAACCGGUAUUUCUAUUUGAAUCUCUUCUUUUCCGUUAUUUCAGUGAAAUUAGCCCGUUACCUCACAGGGGGCAGGACUCUCUGGCAGUGAAAGGGUUAAUUCUCCCCACUCUAACUCAGUGUUUAGCUAUUGUUAUUGCUGCCUAUCUGAUAGUGGGUACCACCGCAGUAGAUCUAACAUGUCUUUGGCCAGUCAUGUGUAACAUGUUAGAAGGAAGCAGCACAUCCCUCAUUCCAUGGGUGCAGACAUAACAUGUAGAAAUUGAUUGUGAAUGUGUACACAAAAGUCCUAUUAAGUAAUGUGUGUGUGGCUCUGAAUCUCCAGGUGAACAUGCAAAGAUCAUUUCUUACAGUAUAUGGCUUGUACAGGGCCUUAAUCUCUGCAGAAGGGCUCUAUGGUGUCUGUUGCUGUGGGCAUACAUGAUGCUCAGGACUGGCGCUAUGUGUACAGGUAUUAUAUGGCCAGUAGCAGUGGUCUUUACCAAUGUAUUUAUAUGUUUAUUUGUAACGUUACACUGCCGCUAGAGUGUGCUCACCGUAGAGCUGGCCUUCAUAUGGUACAUGUUCACCAUAGCCAGGACCACUUCUCAUCCACAUUCAUUGUAGACUGGAUCAUUUCUGAUCUGCGGUUACAGCAGAUUGGCCUAGGUCUGUAUCUGUGCAAAGUUCACUAUAGACAUUGAUCCAUGAUUGAUAUGCAUGGGGCCAUUUACAAUCAAGUUUCACUAUAGGGUAGGUUCUAGAGUCCCCGGUAGAACUGCAUGUUUUUCCAUAGGGGCCAUAUACUACCCACAUUCCCAGGUACCUUACAGCUGUUUAUGGUGCACAUUUACUGCAGGGCUUUCACUGUGCACUGGGUCCGUGUGCUUUGCUUUCAUCACAGAGCGGGGCCAUCUGCUUCAUGUUCAUCAUGGAGCUGGGCCCUAAGGAUCUCGUUCACCAUGAAGCAGCGUUGUACGGAUGUCGUUCACCAUGGAGCAGGGCUAUGUACACUAGGAGAUUUGAUGCACCACACCCCAUUCUUGUGUAUGGAUUUUGUGUAUGCGGCAUUUACAUGUGUCUCAAAGGUACAUGUAGCUCUUAAUACAGUUUGUGAGCAAGAGCUGCAUAGUCUUCAUUCACUCAUUAUUUUGCUGCCUGUUUAAUCAAUCCCCUGUACUGAGAAUCUAGGACUAACAAAUAUUAAAGAGAUGAGUUGAAGGAUG